GCAGAGGCUGUGUAUCCACAAAUCAGGCUAACUUGCACCAAGCUCUGAAGCAACUGAAAAGGGAAAGAGAAAUGUUGGAAAAACUGGAAAGUCAGGAUAGAGACUCUGGAGGGGAAACUACAACAACUCAACCAGCAGCAGCGGGAAAAGCAAGACAAGAUGAAGUGUUACAAUUAUGAAAUGCAUAAGGUGAGUUCAACCAGUGAGGCCUUACUACAU